AGAAAAAGAAAAAAAUCCAAACGCCUUAGGGACACUUUCAAUCAUAAAAGACAACACGUGCCAGGGCAUGCAGACCAGGAUGUGCAGAACUGGAGCCAUAAAAUAUGUCAUAAACCAACACGGAUUAUAUAACUGAAUCCUGCAGGGAUAUCAGAACCAGUGUUAGAAAAUAAACCUGCUGCCCCAAGUCUGUGACUAAAACAUGAGCAGUAAACAACAAGCAGUAAACAGCCGAUAGAACAGUUGAAUCUGCGUCAGCGCUCCGGACCGCUCUCCUGCUCCAUCAAUACCCCCAAUUGAUCCAGAGGAACUCUUAAUACCCAAUAGGUGCACCGAUUCUCUCAUUUUCCUCCAGUUUUCCUUUAAAUCCUCCUUCCCCCUCCUCACACUUUUAUAUUUAACCUUCCAAUCACAUCUUUUAAUCUUCUAAUUUCCUCUGUGAGGUUGUCAACAGCUCUUUUUUUUUUUUUUUUAAAGGCUGAUCUCAGGCGAGUAAGGUCCACAGAUUUGAUGUCUUUCUACUAUCUUGGAGAUAAGGCCUGAAAAUUGAUGUCCGUCAAUAGGGGGCGCUGUGGGAGGGUCCUGAGUACAUGUAUAUAAAUGUGGAUUUUCCACAAAAUCCUGCCAACAGAGUGGAGAGGUGGAAGCUGGACAGUGCUGCUGGCAGCCUAGAAAGAUAAAUGAUCCUUCGCCCUUGGCUCUGAGCGGCAGUCGGAGAAGACUCUCGCCACUCUCCCAGCUUCCCUUCACUUCUGCUCCCCACUCUUUUUUCUCUUUACUCCUUUGCUUGCUUCCACUCUUCUUCGACCAUGGCUCCGACCCUGGCCACCGCCUUCGCCAGACGCUGGUGGAUGGCGGUCACUGCCAUCAUUGAGAACCUGCUCUUCUCUGCUGUGCUGCUGGGAUGGGGGUCACUCCUCAUCAUGCUCAAGUCCGAGGGUUUUUACUCUUACCUGUGCCACGAAGAAGGGAACAGCUCCAGCCUCAAUCUGUCUCAACCUCUGGCAAAGCAGACGCCUGAAGACUACCCUGAGUACUUUGACACCGAGGAAGGGGUGGUGGGUUUGGGCGACGGGGUGGAGAUGAAACCCCUGGCUCCUGCAGAAGCCAACCUGAGGAUGAACGGCUGGCUGAUCUGCAAGGAGCAGGACGAGAUGCUGAACCUGGCUUUCACGGUGGGCUCCUUCCUGCUCUCUGCCAUCACGCUGCCGCUGGGGAUCGUCAUGGACAAGUAUGGGCCUCGAAAGCUGCGUCUGCUGGGCAGCACAUGCUUCGGCUUUUCCUGCCUGCUCAUAGCCUACGGAGCCUACAAACCCACCGAGCUCUCCGUUCUUAUCUUCAUCGCGCUGACUUUCAACGGCUUCGGGGGCAUGUGCAUGACCUUCACCUCCCUCACAGUAAGUCUGUGCACCUUUGGGUGUCUGGAGUCCUCCUGCUGCAGAUGUUUGUCCAGAUGUAAAUCCUUUAUGUUUGUAGCACUUUGCCUCACUCUUACUGUUCUGUUCUAAUCGUUUGCUGGCUUCCUGCCUGCACAUCCUCUCCUUCGCCUCUUGUCUGGCAUUCCACCCCAUCCACCCCCCCUUUUUCCUCUUUUGUUUUGGC